CACUGUAGACCUGCCCCUUUAUGUUGCGAACCCACCCGUCAUUAUAGCUUGGUCUGCAGGAGUCCCCCGUACUCCCGUUCCGUCCACUUCACACUUUGAGGCGGCCGCAUCUUUUCCAUUUCAAACCCUUCUCCGAUCCUUCUGCUCUCUCGAAUGCUACUGCCGUUGCUUCCUUCGGCGAUCUGAUCGAACUUUCUUUUGGUUUUGUACGAUCUCAGCUUCUCACUGAAGCCGAAGAGGCGAUCGCCCGUUUGCUUCCCUCAUCCCCCACGAAAGGUUCAGGACACGAAAGGUUGAAUGGGGUGUGUCCAGGGCAAGCGCUGUGGCCGCUACAAGAAGCGCUGCAGCAGCAGCUGCUGCCACUACCAACCCUCCUCCAUCUCCACCGACGCCACCGAUCCCUUCAGGAUCCACGAAACGGACUCCUCGCGCGGUCUCCCCCUCCACGCGCUCUCCGGCGGCUUUGCGGUCGUCCCCUCCGCCGGUAUCUGCCUACGGUACGCCUCCCUCACGCAGCGUGGCCACUAUCCUGACUCGCCCGACCGCGCUAACCAGGACAGCUUCUGCGUGAAGACCGGCUUCCAGGCCAACCCCGAUCUCCACUUCUUCGGCGUCUUCGAUGGACACGGCCAGUUCGGCACCCAGUGCUCCGUGUUCGUCCGUGACAACCUCGCAGACAUCUUGUCCGGCAAUGCUCACCUGUCGGAGGAUCCCGUAGAAGCCUAUCACGCCGCUUUCCUGGCAGCCAAUUCGGCGAUUCAUGACAGCGAGAUCGAUGAUUCGAUGAGCGGCACGACCGCGAUCACUGUUCUUGUAGAUGGGAACACGCUCUAUGUUGCGAAUGUGGGGGAUUCACGGGCUGUGGCCGGAAUUUGGAAUGGUAAUCGUGUCAUGGCCGAGGACUUAUCGACUGAUCAGACGCCGUACAGGAAGGAUGAGUACGAGAGGGUGAAGCUCUGCGGGGCGAGAGUGUUGAGUGUUGAUCAAGUGGAGGGCAUUGUGGAUCCUGAUAUACAGAGCUGGGGUGAUGAGGAGGAUGGUGACGGGGAUCCACCAAGGCUGUGGGUGCAAAAUGGCAUGUACCCAGGGACGGCUUUCACAAGGAGUGUGGGAGACUCGACGGCAGAGAGUAUAGGAGUGAUCGGUGAUCCGGAGGUUAAGACUGUGAAGAUCACACCAAACCAUCUCUUCUUUGUUGUGGCAAGUGAUGGCAUAUUUGAGUUUCUAUCAAGUCAAGCGGUGGUAGAUAUGGUUUCCAGGUUUGCUGAUCCUCAGGAUGCCUGCUUGGAAAUUGCUUCUGAAUCUUACAAAUUGUGGUUAGAGAAUGAAAACCGGACAGAUGAUAUAACAGUUAUUGUUGUGCAGAUCAGAAACAUCAGUGAUUCAUAUGCUGCUGCAAAUGAAGGAGCUAUCCAAACCAACAACAACAAUGCUUCUCUAGAUCCAGGUAAAUUAAAAGUUGAGAGGUACAUAGUCUCACGAUCAGAAGUUAAUCUCUCAAAGAAAAGCAGCUGUCUCGAGCUGCAGUCGUGCCUUCCUGACUGCUCAGUGGAUCUAAGUUCUGCACGUGCUGCCCCUUCAACUCAGUCUUUCCAUUUAAAUGCGAUUAAUUCGGACUGACUGGAGUUAAAUGGUACUAUAUAUAUGGCUUCAAUUUUGGUACUGGGAAGCACUACUCUACCAAUGACUUGUAAAAUUUUAAACGAUAAUUAAAUGUGUUCUUCCACUUACAUCAGAAUGCACAAAAAAAGACCCAUACACUCUUUCGUCGGUGACAUUUUCAGUGACAUUCUAGGCCCUUCUGUGUAUGGACUUUGCUAUCUCUUCCGCUGUGCAAAUGAGGCAGAGCCACUUCAAGCAAAAUGAAACUCCCUGACCUUUAGAAGGACUUGCUUUGGCAUCUUCAUUGUCUAUGACCAGCUAAUUCUGUCAGCAUAGGCGAUACAAAUAGCAGAAUGCCAGAUCGUGUAGCUGAGGCCUGCAAUAUGGUAAGGUGCAUUCGUAGAAGAAUGUGGCGAAGUCAUGGGGUUGCAAAUAUGAGUUUGAAUUGAUCGCUUGGUGGCUGGCUGGAUGUGAGCUUUACCAUCUUUUAUCGAACCAGAGAGAAGCAAAAAACUUGAAAAUAUUUCUAGGACUCUUGUUAUCUUGGUAUCUGGUAACAGUAUAAUGGCGGUAGUGGCUACAUAAUGAUAUUUUUUAAUUAAAAAAAAGAAGGCCAAUGAGGCCUUAAGGGAGGAACAAAAUUUUUUUUUUGUGGAAAAAAUAACCAAUGUUUUGGAGGAA